CAGCUGCCCAUCUCCCCUUUCCUCCUCCUUCUUCUUCCUUUCAUGGUUCCCCUCACCCCCAUGUGACUUCAUCUUCCCAUCUCCUCUCCUUUCCUUUUCACUUCUCUUUCCCAAUUCCCCUCUACCACCACCUUCUCCUUCCCUCUCCUGAUUUCGCACAAUAGUAGUAAGCCUACUUCUUCCGUAGCAGGGGAAUAACUGGUCCCCUGAACCUCCCAGAUGGAAAUCUGAAGCCCAAGAACUUGUCUUUGUAGCGUUUGGAAUGGUGGGUUGUUGAUUUCGCGACCACAGAAUCCGAAAUCCGAGGUACCCAAAAGCUCCUCUCGUUGAAUUAGAAAAUAAUCAAACUGCAACGAAGAAUAGAAACGGCAUUCGUACAUUGUUGCAUAUACUCGGCAUUUCAUAAUUAUGCUGCUAAGGGCAAUUUCGGAGAGAAAGAGUCCGUUCCCGAGCAAAAUGAAGGACUUCCCUUCUUGCUUCGGAGAGAGUGGAGUUCAGGUAGCUGAUUCCUCUUCCUCUUCUGCUUCUGCUUCGGCUUCUGGUUCCUCUUCCUCUUCCAACCCUGGUAAAGCUGCUCAGAACUUGGUCACUUGCGUCUACCAGUGUAAAUUGCGUGGUGCCAGCCGCCGCUCUUCGUGUUUCAUCACCGUGGCUUGGUCCAGGAAUCUCAUGGGUCAAGGUCUGGGUGUCACCAUUGACGAUUCGUUCAACCACCCUCUCUGCAGAGUCGAUAUAAAGCCCUGGUUGUUCUCCAAGAGGAAAGGCUGCAAGAAUCUCGAGGUCGAUUCGGACAAAAUCGAUAUUUAUUGGGACCUCUCCUCUGCCAAAUUCGGUUCUGGUCCUGAACCCUUGGAAGGCUUCUACUUAGCUGUGGGAUUCAACCAGGAAAUGGUGUUGCUUCUUGGGGAUUUGAAGAAGGAAGCCUGCAAGAAAUUCGACGGCCAUGGAGCUCUUCUUCACUCCAAUGCCAUCUUCAUUGCCAAGAAGGAGCACAUUUUUGGGAGGAAGUUUUAUGGUGCGAAAGCUCAGUUCUGCGGCGAGGGGCAAUUACAUGAUGUUGCUAUCGAGUGUGACACUGUGGAUCUGCUUAAGGACCCUUGUCUUGUUAUUAGGGUAGACAGUAAAGUGGUGAUGCAGAUCAAGAGAUUGAAGUGGAAAUUUCGUGGAAAUGGGACGAUACUAGUUGAUGGUCUCCCUGUUGAGGUGUUUUGGGAUGUUCAUGACUGGUUGUUUGGUAGUGCAGCGGGUAAUGCAGUGUUCAUGUUCCAAAGUUGCAUCUCUGCUGAGAAACUGUGGAAUGGACAUCUGAUCUUCGAUCCGUCUGCUUUGACUAUGUCUGACUCACAGAGAUUUAGGGAUUACCAAUCACAAGGUCUUGGUUUCUCGCUUGUUUUGUAUGCUUGGAGGAAUGAUUGAUUGAAGAAUGACACUGUAAUUUGCAGCACCAUUAUUGAGGAUGGUAUAAGAGAUUACUUUCGAUCUACUAAAUUUUAUUACAAAAGGUUCUUUGGUUUCAGGAGAAUGAUAAGUGAUCAAAAGAACAGUAAAGUGUGAUUAUUGAUUUGAUUCAAACCUAUCUGUUUUCAUUUCUGUCUUGGCAAGUUACCAUGACCACCCACUCUAUCUCAUAUUGUUCCCAUUUAAUUCGUGUUGAUGCUCUAAGAUUUUCGUCAUUCUUGUAUGCAAGAAAGCGAUUCUGACUUUGAGUAGGCAUCAGAGCAAAGAACCCCUGUGGAUGCUCCUUGUUUCAUGUGUGAUGAAGCUUCCUUGCCAACAAAGCAAAGUAUGAAUGUUUUGCUUGCUUACUUACCUUGGUUUGUAUAUAACAAGUGGAUACAUGAAGCAACGUGGUUGGAAGGAAGUCCUUUUGUCAACUCUGCAAAGUGCUUCCCUGGUUAGCUGGUGAUCAAGGUAGCUGAAGCAACAGCUGGAAGUGCAAGGAGAGAAGAAUGUUUGUCAUUUUAGUCAGGUAUAUAGUAAAAGAGCUAUUUUACCUGUUAUUACCAUCACCAGUAGACCUCCCACCCACCACUGGCCAUGGAAGGAGGAGUUUGUUUGGCAUCUCCAAUCCGGAAAAAGGGUAUUGUCUAUAAAGCUAGCAGUAUCAAUGUCCUUGUCAACAUUAUUAUGAACUCUGGACCAGCUGUUCGUUGGCUUUUUGCUACCAACAGAAAUACCACAACCAUGCAAACAUUUAAUAUACUCUGGCUUACUACCAGAAGUGCUCAGCUGGAAUUGCUGCUGUGAAACUCUCAGCUGACUUUAGGCUCUCUUAUUUCAGUUAGCUGAUAAUGGUAUGUCAGAUGCAUGGCAUACAAUCGUUUCUGAUCAUGUUACCUUCUUUUGUUCAAUAGAGAAUCUCUGAACCAUAAGGAUCGUUUCGAACGUGCUGCUUUGUUCUGCAUUUGCUAAAUGGGUUGCUGGCUUCUGAAUCCAGUUGUUUGUUUGUUUAGGAAUAGAUGAAUUUGUGGUUC